AACCGGCUGCUUGGACUCCAUUUCUCCUCCUCCCCUUCUCAGUCCUCCUCCACGUCUCCUCAGCGGGUGUCCAGCAGCGAUGUCGGGGACUCUGUAGGAGCAUCUGUGGGAACGGCAGAGCAGGGGACCGGUCCGGCUGUACACCAGGUGGAGAGUCGCUGUGCAAACUGGAUGUGAAGGGGAAGCGCCAAGGUCAUGAUCGACUGGCCCAAUGUGACAGCGUCCGGCCACCAAGAGCUGGGCCUGAAACCUGAGGAGCUGCAGAAGUCCAAAUGUGUCCUGGGCUUCAUCCCCGUCAUCUACUACAGUAUUCUGCUUUGUGUGGGAGUACCAGUGAACAUCCUCACAGCCGUGGCUUUAUCCAGACUGGCAUCCCGCACCAAGAAAGCUCUGUACUACUAUCUUUUGGCAGUGACGGGCUCAGAUAUUCUCUCGCAGCUCUUCAUCAUCUUUGUCGGCUUCCUGCUGGAGACGGCAGUUUUUCACCGCGAUGUCCCUGCACUCCUGCUGCACUCCGUCAGCGCUGCAGAGUUCGCUGCCAACCACGCCUCCAUCUGGUCCACCGUGCCCCUCACCGUGGAUCGCUAUGUGGCGCUGUGCCACCCCCUCCUCCACCGCCAGAUUAGCUACCCGGCCCGGGCCAGGAAGAUCAUUGCGGUCGUCCUCGGGUUAUCUCUCGUAUCAGGUGUGCCCUUCUUCUGGUGGUCAGACAUGUGGAGGAACAGCGACCCCCCCACAGCCCUGGACACCGUCCUCAUAUGGACGCAUGUAACUAUCAUCUACUUCCUGCCCUGCAGCAUUUUCUUAGUGCUGAACUCUUUGAUAAUCCACACACUGAGGGCGAGGCAGAGGCAGCAGCCUUGCCAGGAGGAGGGCAGGCCGAAGUCUGCGCCUCCUCUGCGCCUCGGGAAAACCACAGCCAUGCUACUGGCCAUCACGUCUGUGUUUUCUGUGCUGUGGGCUCCGAGGACGGCGGUGGUCAUUUAUCACCUGUACGUGUCCUCAGUUCACCGAGACUGGCGUGUCCACCUGGCCUACGACCUGUCCAACAUGCUGGCCAUGCUGAACACAGCCGUCAACUUCUUCCUCUAUUGCUUCGUCAGUAAGCCUUUUUGUGGCGCCGUGCGGGACGUCGUGCUGCUCAGGGCGGGCCCGCUGUAUUCUCGGCGUACUCUGCCUCACCCGCAGGCCCCCACCAACGCCUCCAUCUCCUCGCUGUACAGUGGGAACAUCAAGCGCUCCCAGCGGGACUCCACCCCCUUGUCACCUCGCAGAGCCAAAAAGCCCUCAUGACCCCGUGCCCCUUCCUCUUAAUCCAAAACACCCAGCAUCCCACGGUCCCCAAGCACUUUUGACCCCAGAGACGUACACUGCAUUCCAGCUGUGACCGUGGACAGCUGCCAAUCAGCCCUGGAGCGUUCUCAAACGGCCUAAAAUGAUGAAUCUUUUUUUGUUGUUGUAUUAUGUCACUGGGUGUUUGUCCAUGUAAAUCAGAUAAGAUGACAGCCUAUUUAUUUUUCUUCAGAAUAAUUUGACAAACUAAAAGUAGCUUUUUUUCCAUACAUGGUAGUAUCGUGAAUAAAAUAUUUUUUUAUAUUGUUACUAGAAUGAAGAAAAGAUGGUUAAAUCAGUAAGUAGAUUCAUGAUUAGGAGGGGAAACGAUUAUUUGCAUGCUGCUACAGUGAGUGUAAUACCCAGUCCCACUUCUAUCAUGUCAAGUGGCAUUCAGUUUGCUUCAAUCUACUUUAAUUGCCCUGCUAUGACAUCCACUCUGGAAGCAGCAAAGAGGAAAAAAUACAUUUUAAUUUGGUAGCUAUUUCUGCAGUUGUGUAAAGAUGCUGAAUGUCUAAAAAACAAUCCGCCCCCUGAGCAACAAAUCUGUCUCUGCAGCGCACUCCCAGGCAUAAAAACUCCAGCUGCUAAGCCGUCUGUUUAUUUUUCCUGAAAUGCAACUGAAUGAAAGCUUGCUGUUUAAGCGGCAGGAGUGAAGACCCUGCUCUUCAAACAGACCCUCUGCUACAUCACCAACAUUGCCUCAGCUCUGGCUAAACAAACCUAAGAUUAACCUGAUGGUCUGCACAAACACACACACAUAAACUCACAAGAAGGAACACACUGUCAUGCAUGUACGUGCACGCACACACCGAUGUCAGCUGGUACAUUUCCAUUUGCCACAACAGGAAUGUUCAUGUAACAUCAUUGCAAUUUCAUGAUGAUCACUUCUUGUAUCAGUGAAAAAUAACAGGUCUGCACUUAAAUCUCUAACAGCUAGUUUACAUAUUUGAUUUUAAGUUUUGGACGAUCCGUCUGCUAUGUACAUAUUUGAAUUAAUGCCCUUGGGGAAAAGUGAGCUGUCAUGCAGCACUAAUUUGUUCUGUUUAACAGCUUGUCACUUGGUUUCUAAUGGUGUCUGAGUACAAAUGUUGUUUUUCUGUAGUCUGAUAAAUGCCGCAACAUUAACUCAUGGUAUUUAAAAUAACACGGCGCAGCCACAUUAAAUGCUAGUUUAGAUCAGGACCUGGUCCUAACUGGCAUAUAUACUGUAAAUAUAUAGAAUAUGAAUGUUUUGUAUUAUGGAGUCUAGUUGUUGUAAAUUAUUGGAUUUGUCAGUUUUUAAGGCCCUGUCACACAUAUCCGUAUGACAGAAACAUAUGCUGGCGCAUACGAAAUAUCGGCAUAGGUUGAUAUAAAUUAAGGGUAUGUUGUGAUCGUUUGAAGGACGCAGACGAUACGCCGA